CCAAACAGAGUCUUCUACUGUUACUCUGCUCAUUAUUUAUCAGCGAGAUUGCAUUUGGGGGAGAAGAAAGCGAAAUAUCAUACAAGGAUUCUCAGUGACUUGGAAUUUGGACGUUUCGCCAAGAAGAUUGAGGCCUUGCAGAACCCAACGAUUUGAAGAUUGAUUACAGUCGAAUCUCUCUCUCUCUCUCUCUUUCUCUCUGCCUCUGUGCUGUUUUAAGCGUGUGGAAGUUGCAUCGUAUCAUCGACUGGCGGCGAGUUUUUGGGAAAGAGAACAGGUGCACCAUUUCUCAUGGGCUGAACUGAAAAAAGAAAUUCCAUGGAUAAAAUAACUUGUAAGACUUGCCAAGGACCUUCAGUUUAUGGAAUAUGACCUCCAUCGACAAAUUUUAUCAAUUCUAACUUGUUGGGAAAUCAGCGACAAAAGGCUUCAGGAGUUAGGUUUCGAAGGAAGUCUUCCUAGAAAUUGAACAUGGGUGUGCAACAGGAUGACAAGAGCACUGAAAGGAAUGGGUUUUCAGUUUCUGGAUCAGAGGAGUUUGGGGUAGAUGUUCCAUGGCAACGUGUCCCUGAAGAAACAAAACAUUUACCCAUUAAAAAAAGGAAAUUUAUGCUCCAGUCUCCAUUGCCAAUGAUGUCUCAAGCUGCUUCACCACAAUGUGACCAGUCUCCAUCAUCUAAGCUGCAGACCUCUUCGUCACAAUCUAAUGAUAGUAAUCAAACUAAUAAUGACGAAUGCAGUUCAGGGCAAUGGAAUCGUUUGGAUUCCGUAUCCAAUCAGGAACUAGGGUUAUCUAAUGAUCCUGUAGAAGUAGAAGUGCAGUUCCAUGAAGGUAUUGAAAAUGUUUUGGUGAAUGGGGAGCACUCGGAACUGAUGAAUAGAAAGUCUGAUCGCAUUGAAGACUUUUCAGGUGUUUCACUUCUUGCAACUGCUGCUUGCAAUAACAUAAUCACUGAUGAUUCCCAGAAUCCAAAGGCAGGUAAUGAAGUAGGUGAAUUUUUGACUCCAGAUGAUAUUAACUUUUGUAUGUCUGUUACACCUUUGAGGAGAUCUAGUAUAUUCUCUGAAACGGGCAAUUUGUCUCUGAAAGAUUCAGCACAUGAAGAUAAUAUUGAUUAUUCAAUAGUUCAAGAUAAUUCAGCAACUGUGCCUCUAAAUUUUCAUGGUAAGAGAGACAGUGAAACAAAAAAGAGGUCUGCUUCUAUGAAAGAUGAGAGGUUACACUGGGACCUGAAUACUAUGAUGGAGGCAUGGAAGAUACCCUGUGAUGACCAAAAAAAUGUUUCUCAAGGAAUCCUUGAUGAUGGUUUGAAUGGUGAAAAUCUAGAAAGAUCAGAAGGUUGUGUCAAGCUAUGGGAAUCCUACCUGACUCUGGGUUUAUCAACAUAUUCUACUACAGAUACCGGGGUUUCUACUUUAGUUACAAGCGAGGAUAGAUCCCUCGAUGAUUCUCCUUUCCCUGUGUCAGAAACUAUCUCAAGCAAGUCUCUUCCCAGAGAAAAGACAGAUACAUAUCCUACAAAUGAUGUCAUACAGGCAAGAGAAGAUUGCUGUGGAACUUCUUCCCUGCAAGUCAUCAAAACAUUGUCGGCUGAAGAUAUUCAUUGUGGAAAGCAUAAUGUUGUUCACCUCGAUCUGGCAGUCUCAGAGAAGGCUGUGUCUCAGAUUGACAGCAUACAACUGAAAAAGGAUUCUAGUGAAGCAUUUGAUUUACCUGAUAAUGGGACUUCUUCAACGGACUUGGUUUGCAGAGUCAAUAACAGUGAGCAUUCUGUAUCUAAACCAGGGAAACUGCAUCCUUCCUUCCCUUUACUGGAGUGUAAAACAGAUCAUGUCUUUAGCAACGCUUUUGAAGGGGACCAAGAUAAUGAAGCUGUCGCUCUAGAUGCUUCUACAAAAGAAUCAUCAUUCCCUGUUGAUAAUAAGCCCAAGUCUAAUGAGUUUUUUGGUUGGGCUCUGCUUGGAGGUCUUAACAAUAAUGGUCGUGUUGCUGAUGUUUCUGAUGGUUUUCGUGGUCAUAUGGUUGUUGUUGAAAAAUUGACUGGAAGUGAAGCUGGUAAUUCUACAGAACCAUUUGAUUUACCUGCAAAUGAGACUUCUUUGACAGACUUGGUUAGCAGAGUCAACAACAAUGAGCAUUCUGUGUGUAAAUCAGGGAAACCACAUUCUUUGGACCUUUCACCAGAGCAUGAAAGUGUACACAUUUUUUACAACACUUCUGAAGAGGGCCCAGACAAAGAAGCUUCUGCACUACAUUCUCCCCCAAACGAAUUAUCAUUCCAUGUUGAUGAGAACAAGCCCAAGUCCUAUGAGCUUUUAGGUAAGGUUGCUCUUGAAGAUCAAAGUGAUAAUGGAUAUGGUGUGGGUGGUUCUCACAGCAUUCAUGGUCAUAUGGUUAGUGUUGAAAAAUUACCGGGAUGUGAAGCUGGUUAUUCUAGAGAAGUAUUUGAUUUACCUGAUAAUGGGACUUCUUCAAUAGACUUGAUAAGCAGAGUAAACAAUGAUGAGCAUUCACUAUGUAUAUCAGGGAAACAACAUCCUUCCCACACUUCACUCGACCAUGAUAAUGCACAUGUGUUUGACAACACUUUUGAAGUUGGUCAAGAUAGACAAGCUCCUGUAAUACAUGCUACUCCAAAUGAAUCAUCACCAUAUGUUGCUAUGAAUGAACACAAGUCAGAUGAGUGUUUUGCUAAGGUUGCUUUUGAAGAUCCUAACAAUCAUGAAUAUGGUGCAGAUGUUUCUCAUGGUGUUCAUGGUCAUAUGGUUGGUGUUGAAAAACAAACUGAAAGUAAAACUGGCUAUGAGUCUCCAUUUGAAGAUGGAGAAUUGAGUCAGUCAGUUGUAUACUCCUUGGAGGAGAAUGAAGAUGAAGGUGAAGCUGAAUGUGUGGACUAUGAUUCUGAUAUCAAAGAUGAAGAUGACCUCGAUGCUGCCACUCACUGUUUGUCAAAAGCUGGUUCUGAUAUGUUAAAAAAUGACAAUAAUGGAGGGGUAGCAGAAAAUGUCAUAGAAUGUGGUGGUCUGGAUGCUUUGAAGGAAUCAAGCCAGUCAACAGGCUCUAAAGAGCUCUCUGGGCAGAAUCUACCACCUGGUGUUUGUAGAUUUUCUUGUAAUACCACCAUUGACAAUACAAAUAAAGAAUUAUUGGCUUGUGAUCCAUUUAAUAGACUUGAUGCUGAAGCUUCUUCUGUAGUAGAGGUUGUAUCAAGGGCAACGAGGGGAAAAUUGUCAUCACGCAUUGAAGGAUCAUCAUUUUCUGAUGCUUUGGAUUGGAAGGACAAGAGCAGAUCCAAUUCUGGCUCUUGUUUUCAAGCUAGAAAGGUGUUUGGUUCAGCAAAGUACUUGAGAAAGGAAAGACCUGCUUGGCGAAUACAGGAUGCAAGCCAAGGGGAUGGUCGCUGGAUUGAUUGUCCAACAGGCUUGGAUUCAAGAAACAGCCAUCAAACUGGGUAUCCACAUGGUAGUGGGCGCUUCAGGCCGUCAAGUGUUGGUGCAAAAUAUACGACAAGGAUGGAUGUAUUGAGCUACCGUGAUCAGAAGCGGUCUAUGAAUUAUUCAUCAAAAGAUGAUUAUCGACCACACCUUAGGAGGAUAUCUGAUAGUAAUGAUGGUUAUGGUGUACAUAGGGGAAUGGUAGCAGAAAGAGAUAAUUGUGACACUAGGAGCAGGAGCAGAUCAGGAAUAUAUCAGGAUGGGGUCCAUAGAGGGCCCAGGGAAGAGUACCGUGGAGCUUUAACUGAGGACCAUGGAUCAUCUUCUGUUGGCAGGCCACGUUAUUUAUCAAGGAGAGAUCGCAGCUUUUCUCCCAUUGCCAGUGGAGGUGCUAUUUUUCCCCAGUCCCGCUGGAAGUCUCGAUCACAAUCCAGAAGUAGAUCUCCUGUAAAUUGGCAUUUGCAGAGGGAAAGAAACAUGGGAGUCAGAGGCCUAGAUAGACCUCUGGGCUUGAGGUCUGAGUUCAUGAUGGAGAGAACAAGAAUGCUUUCCCAGAAGUCUGAUUUUCCAGCAGAUGAAGGUAUCCUUUUCUCUCCACCAAGAAAUGACUUCUUCUCACACUGUGACUCUCAAUGGAUUGAUGAUCAUAGUUACAUGGCUACUCAUUUCAAACAAAAAAUAUCACCUGGGAAAAUGUUUUGGCGAAAUCCAAGGUAUCAUUCCAGGGGUUCUCCAGGAAGAAUGAAGUCUGAUGAUUGUAGACCCAUGAUAGGCUCCAGAAGAUUUACUGGUCUGUCUGGUGGAGCUGGUAGGGGACAUAAAUAUGAUGGCAGACACUGCGAGGGAGUGGAAGAUGGUGACAGAUAUGAGAUGAAUCAUCGAGGGAGGCACUAUGACACUGGUGGUGCAGUAAGGCCAUUCCACUAUGAUGCAGAUGAUUAUUGUGAAUUGCAUAACACUCAGAAUGAGGACAACUGCAGUAGAGGUAGUGACAGAAGGGAUAUGCCCAUGCCCAGGCCGAGGACAGGGAGGGAAGAGAGAGGUUCUUUUAGAUACAACAAUGAGAGAAAAUACGCUGCUGGCCCCAAGUCUAGAAUUCAAGAUUAUGAGGAGGAUCCCUGUAGAGGAUGAUCACUACGGCGUUUGCUUCACAUGUUUGAAGUAACAUUUUUGUGUCUGCUGUGGAUAGGGAUGGCAAAUGAGGAGAAUUUGAGGCAGACCCGACCUGCCCUGCCCCCACUCCCCAUUUGGUGCUCUUAAUUGGGUAGGAAUGGGUAUGGGCAGGUUUGGGGUGUAAACCCAUUAAUUUUAAGAUUCAACGAUCACAACCCAUUAUAUCUGUUUGGUAACCUGUGUAUUCUUACAUUUCAGAAUAAACCCAAUUGUUUUAACUUAUUUACAAGUCUGCCACUAUAAGUAUUCUCAUUUUCUUGGUCAGGGUUAGGGUUAGUAGAAUACAGCUGCAUCUCUCUUUUUUCUCUCCAAUCCUCUCAUCCAUCUUUUGCAACAUGGCUCCUUAACCAUGAUAGCUGGCUUCCAUCAUCAUCCUCAACGGCCAGCUCUUUGGCCUCAGAUCCUUUCAUUAGCCACCUCUUCAGCGUCACACCUUUUCUUUGGCUUCAUAUUUCUCUUUCCUCACUUAGUUCUCCCUAACCACUAUCAUUGGCGACCACCACCACCAUCAGUGAUAGAUUUUCCCACCAUUGCUGUUGACGAUUCACUGCUUCGUAACCAUCGUCAGUUGUCACAUCCGGAUGUAUAGUUCUUUCUCAAAUCUGAAACUCAAGGUGAUGAUCAGAAUGGUUUCAGCAAUUGUUUUGGAGGAGGCACUGAAUGGUCCUGUGACAGUUUGCCUGCUUUUGCUGAGACAACCACUGCUUCAAAAAGGUUGGCUCAUGGAGAAGACUAGAGUUAGAAUUAUAAUAAAGAGGAGAUUAAUCAGGCAUUCUAUUGUUCCAAUACUGAAAUAAUUGCACGUAUUUGUGCAUCCUUUAGCAAUGCAAAAUACGGAAUAGUGAUCACUAGAAAACAAGAGUAUAUGAAAGGGCAAAUAACUAAGAUUUGGGAAGGAUAGACAAGUAAAAUCUUAUCACAUGGCCUUAGAAGUUUUUUGACUUUCAAGAAUCAAAUGUGUAUUUGUCAAAUUUCAUUUACUUCUUUGCUAGAUUUAGGUUGACCAUAUUUGUCAUUUCUUUUUGGGUCAUAUUUUACAAAUUUUUUACUAAUGUAUUUACUAAAAUGUUUGUCCACCAUCCCCAUUAGAUGACUCAAACCCUAGUCUUUUGUCAGGCUAGGAAAAGGAGGUUGACAUCAAUUGUUUGGAAGGACUUUCAGAAGGUUGCAAUAGAUGGAAAUGAACGGAGCUAUUUAUAAACAUGGUAAUAGGCAACUAAAUGCAAAGAUUAAAAAUGGGACAAAGCAUACACUUGAAUUGGUGCUUGAAGGAUAGAUGAGAUAACACAAGAAAACGAAAGAGUUAACAUGUGCUAGUCAUGUUAUUUGAUCAAGAAAUCUCUCAUGAUGGUCUUGCUUCCAUGAUCAUUUUACGAGUACUCUUUUUAUCACGUUGGUUCUGAGAGACUCAUUAAUGUUAUUCAACCUAAGUUCAAAAUGGUUUAAAGAAACACAAUUAGGGGACAUAUGUCAAAAAUUUAUAAUUUAGAGAAACAAAAAACACGUAACUUAGAGAAAAUAAAGAGGAGCUUGCUGCUACUACAAAUAUAUGGACAGCUAAGCCAACCAAGAUAGGUGUUGUGGCUAUUAUAGGACAUUUGAUUGACAAGACACGACAGGUAUAAAGUAAAAUUUUCAGAUCUGUCUCCAUCCCGUAUACUUAAGUAUUCCUUUUUGAUGUACUUACUGAUGCCAUCAUAUUGGAUUGGAAGGAUAUGAAGCUAUCCACCAUUACCGUAGAGAAUACUACCACUAAUGAUGCUAUGAUGAAUAUUGUGUCAGAAAAACUUUCUACAAAAUCACUUUUCUUAUAGGGAAAAGUAAUUCACAUAUGUUAUAUACAUAUUUUACAAAUAUCAUCCCACUUUUGAUCCAACCAGCAAACUUAUUGAUAAUCGAUCAGGUACAAUUGUUGAAUUCCUUUCCGGUUUGUUUAUGAUCCUAAUGCUUCGUUUGAUCUUUUAGUACCAUGUUUGGCAUAAUAGUAUACGAACUUGCUGUUAAGCUUAAUGUUGCAUUGGACCCUUGAU